GACUGGAAUGAUUCCAGCUUAAAUUUAACUUGUAGAGAAGUAGAUGAUAAAAAAAGCAUUGCGUUGACUUUGAUUGUAACGUGCAAUUAAUAAAUCCAAUUUGGUUUUUAUCUGAAAAAUCAAAACCAUGGGAUUGACUUAUUUAUUUGAGAAUCUAACGCAGCUAGAUGCUGACACGCGGGUCCAGGGCGCUCCUAUAGACAUCACUCAGGUCAAAAAUGGCCUAAUGGGUGACUCACCUACCAAUGUCACUUAUUCGCCAGAUCAAUUAUCAGGAGAUGCGUACGAUUACAGCAUCUAUUAUUACUCUGGAGUAAAGAAGACGGUGCCGGUAUGGGAAGUUACGGUGAAAAUCAUCGCAUAUCUCUGUAUCAUCAUUUUGUCGUUAGUUGGGAACCUGCUUGUUAUAGCAGUUGUCUUGAAGAACAGCCGCCUCCGAACUACGACAAACUACUACAUCGUCAACUUGGCAGUUUCCGACUUAAUGGUAACUUCUACAAGCACGUGGGUCCAUCUCGUGGAAAACUUGACAGAAGGAUGGGUCCUUGGGGCGUUCUUUUGCAAGUUUAAUACAUUUGCCAUAGAACUGUCACUGGUAUCCAGCGUCCUAACAUUGACCCUGAUUGCCUGCGACCGUUUCUUCGGCAUCGUGUUUGCAAUGAAAGCCCACUUAAUGGAUCGUAAGGCGCUCCCGUUCAUUAUUAUGAUAUGGGUGAUAGCGGCAGGGGUUUCGUCUCCUCUUCUUGUCUACCGGAAACAAUUCGAGAGGCAAUGGAAAGAUCAUCUCGAGAUAUGGUGCGAUGAUAACUGGCCGAAAGUGGAGAUGGACAUGAGCGCCAACACAACUAGGUGGACACAGCCAUCCCGCACUUUCUACUACACCUUUGUUUCUGUGGUGCUCUACUUUAUCCCAAUAGGUAUCAUGAUAGUCGCUUAUGCCAUGAUUAUUUGGAAAUUGUGGUCUAGUGAACUUCCUGGGGAACAGAUCGAAUAUGAAAUUGACGCCCAGAAUAAAAUCAAGAAAAAGGUAGUCAUCAUGCUGUGUGUGAUAUUGCUUGUGUACGUGAUAUGUUGGACACCUUUCCAAAUCCUGGUGCUGUGGUACGAAUACGGAAAACACAAACAUCUCCAGAAUCCGCCAUGGUACCCCAAGUUUGAGUUUUUCGCCCAGUUUAUUUCGUACUCAAACAGUGCCUUUAAUCCGUUCAUUUAUGCAGGAUUUAACGAAAACUUUCGAAAAGGUUUCAAAGAGUUGCUGUCGUGUGGCACUGACGCCACUCGAAUCAGGCGUUACCCUUACUCUCGCCAGUUUUCGUACCGCACAAGUACUACGCAGAGCACGCUCUUUCAGAGUAGCAGCAAUUCCAAUUCGACACGGCAUCUAGACCAACAGCAGCAGAGAGAGCGAGAGGCGUGCCUAACCACCAUGACUCGAGUCUGA